AUGGUGUCGCCCUUUUUACACCUUCCCGAAGCGGCGGCAUCCCGAAUACAAACUACAUGUUCCAGGAUGCCUUGGGCGGCAGAUCUCGCGAAAGCCGGGAGGGGCGAGGGGCCCCGCCCCGCGCGCCUUCUUCCGCCUCCCUGUGGCGGCGUCUUGUUGUUGUGGAGGCCAAAAUGGCGGCUCAGGCGGCGGCAGCGGCCCAGGCGGCGGCGGCCCAGGCUGCGCAGGCCGAGGCGGCCGACUCGUGGUACCUGGCGCUUCUGGGCUUCGCUGAGCACUUCCGCACUUCCAGCCCGCCCAAAAUCCGCCUGUGCGUACACUGCCUGCAGGCAGUGUUCCCCUUCAAGCCGCCGCAGCGCAUUGAGGCCCGUACGCACCUGCAGCUGGGCUCCGUUCUCUACCACCACACCAAGAACAGCGAGCAGGCGCGCAGCCACCUGGAGAAGGCGUGGUUGAUAUCACAGCAAAUCCCACAGUUCGAAGAUGUUAAAUUUGAAGCAGCAAGUCUGUUGUCUGAGUUAUACUGUCAAGAGAAUUCCGUCGAUGCAGCAAAGCCGCUGCUGCGGAAGGCGAUCCAGAUCUCACAGCAGACCCCAUACUGGCACUGCCGUCUGCUCUUCCAGCUCGCUCAACUGCACACGCUUGAGAAGGACCUUGUGUCAGCCUGCGACCUCCUGGGUGUGGGGGCCGAGUACGCCCGGGUGGUGGGAUCCGAGUACACACGGGCGCUGUUCCUCCUCAGCAAGGGGAUGCUGCUGCUGAUGGAGCGCAAACUACAGGAGGUGCACCCACUGCUGACCCUCUGUGGGCAGAUCGUGGAGAACUGGCAGGGGAACCCCAUCCAGAAAGAGUCGCUGCGUGUCUUCUUCCUGGUGCUCCAGGUCACCCACUAUCUGGAUGCUGGGCAGGUGAAGAGUGUGAAGCCGUGUCUGAAGCAGCUGCAGCAGUGCAUCCAGACCAUCUCCACGCUGCACGAUGACGAGAUCCUGCCCAGCAACCCCGCCGACCUCUUCCACUGGCUGCCCAAGGAGCACAUGUGUGUGCUCGUCUACCUGGUGACUGUGAUGCACUCCAUGCAGGCGGGCUACCUGGAGAAGGCACAGAAGUACACAGACAAGGCUCUCAUGCAGCUGGAGAAGCUCAAGAUGCUGGACUGCAGCCCCAUCCUGUCGUCCUUCCAAGUGAUCCUGCUGGAGCACAUCAUCAUGUGCCGCCUCGUCACAGGCCACAAGGCCACGGCGCUUCAGGAGAUCUCCCAGGUCUGCCAGCUGUGCCAGCAGUCCCCCCGGCUCUUCUCCAACCAUGCAGCACAGCUGCACACACUGCUGGGCCUGUACUGUGUCUCUGUCAACUGCAUGGACAACGCGGAAGCCCAGUUCACCACAGCCCUUCGGCUCACCAACCACCAGGAGCUGUGGGCCUUCAUCGUCACCAACCUGGCGAGUGUGUAUAUACGGGAAGGAAAUAGGCACCAAGAGGUACUCUACAGUCUGCUGGAGAGGAUCAACCCAGACCACAGCUUCCCUGUCAGCUCACACUGCCUCCGAGCGGCUGCCUUCUAUGUGCGCGGGCUCUUCUCCUUCUUCCAGGGACGCUACAAUGAGGCCAAGCGAUUUCUGCGGGAAACUCUGAAGAUGUCCAAUGCCGAGGACCUGAACCGGCUCACGGCCUGCUCCCUCGUGCUCCUGGGCCACAUCUUCUACGUGCUGGGAAACCAUCGAGAGAGUAACAACAUGGUGGUUCCCGCCAUGCAGCUGGCCAGCAAGAUCCCAGACAUGUCGGUACAGCUGUGGUCAUCAGCGCUGCUGAGAGACCUGAAUAAAGCCUGUGGGAACGCCAUGGAUGCCCAUGAGGCCGCCCAGAUGCACCAGAACUUCUCGCAGCAGCUGCUUCAGGACCACAUUGAGGCCUGCAGCCUCCCCGAACACAACCUCAUCACGUGGACGGACGGUCCACCUCCCGUGCAGUUCCAAGCUCAGAAUGGACCCAACACCAGCCUGGCUAGCCUCCUGUGAGGCCCGGAUGGGGCCAUCCAGCUCCGCAGGGCCUGCAUGUCUCCGGCUUCCACCCAGACGGCACUCAAGCUUGCCCCCGAGGCAUGCUUCCUUCCUGACUGUCUCUAGAGCUUCCAAGUCCUGGGAAUGUGCGGGGCCAGUCCCUGCCCUCCCAGGAGGGGUGGCGGCCGUUGCCACCUCGCACUGGGCCCCCAGUGCAGAGGCUCACAGGUGGCACUCAGGCGCCAUCUCCCCAGAGCCACCACCCUUCAGAGUGGACCUCAGUGCCUCAGUCUUGCCUCUGCAUCUGGGUCAUGUUGGCCAGGAGCAGGGUGCAGGCCCCUGGCAGAUCCUGAUCCUGUGUGCUAGGGCGGCGGUGCCCCAGGGGCACCGUGCCUGACUCCAUCGCCCAGGCCUUGAUGCCGAGCAGGUGGAGUGUUUCCUCUGCUCAAGGCAGUUUCCAGAGCGCGGAUGCCAGUUUCUGGCCUGAAUUUGGAGGGAAGAAGUGAUGGCCCGCGUGCGGGACAAAGCACAGAUCCCAGCACUUUUCCCAGCUUUCUCUCCAGCGUCGGUCCCUGCAGCAGCUGGGGCCUCUGGUCAGGAACCCUCAGGGACCCAGGAACUCAGCUUCCAAACAUCUGCACCUUGACUGGACUCGCCAUCCCACCAUGGGGGGUGCAGGUGACCGUAAACAUGGGUGUGCGUGUGUGUGCACACGGGUGUGCAGUGAAGAUCCAUGGAGCUGGAGCUGGAGCUCCUGUUGCACCAGCCACCUUCCCCCAUCCUUUGGCUGCUGAGGGGCAGAAAGUAGGGGAGCGGCUCCUCUCCCAAAUUUAAGAUCACCUCCUCAGCUAGCUUAGGGUGCAUGGCAUGGCCCCACCCCCAGAUCUGGAGCACAGGGACUUUGUUCCUGGCAGAUCUGUGGCCUUCCCUGUAGAGGAUGUCUGCGGGCAGUGGCUCAGCCUCCUGGUCCCCUACCCUCCCUGUCCCCCCUGCCAGGUGUCAGGCACAGUGUGAAACCCCCUCCCUAGCCAGGCCCCAGGGAGCUUCUGCUGGGUCCAGAGAGCAGUGUUUGGUUUUACCCACUUUUAGAUAAUCAGGAGGUCACAAUGUGGCAUUGGGAGGUGGCGUCAGGGGUUAAGACAUCAGCAUCAGGCGUCAGGGCUCAAGACACCACCUCCUCCAGCUUCUGGAGCCCAGGAGCCUUUCCCUGCUGCAGGUGGUGGGGGUCCUGCUCGGCAGGGUAGGUGGUGGUUUCAGGUCUUGUUACCCUUGCUUUGUGGAGCUGCCUCUGGGACCUUCCGCGUCUGUGACUGAAGGGACGCUGGAUUGCUCGGGUCAGCUGCUCAGGAUCCCCAGGCUGGGCGUGCCUUAGCCAAAGGCAGGGCUGUCAAUAACCCCCUUCUUCACUGGCUACCACCCGCAGCCAGGCUGACAUCAGCACCAGUGACAGGCUGGUCAGAGGGACGGGGAUGGACCACCACCAUCUCUGGGUCACUGGGGGAGAGCCUGGCCCUGUCUGUGCUACCCAGUGCUGCCUCCAGGCCCAUGAGGCCAGUAGGAGAGCGUAUGGCACUGG